CUUGUUAAAAUUUAUUAAUACCAAACACUCUACAUGUGUUUACUUAUACGCAUAUACCAACGGGAAACGACAAACAAACGUUUCCAAAUAAGAACAUAUUUAUAUUUUCUAUUACCAAGUUUAUCGAGGUUAGCAUCCAAACGGAUGUCCUCUGUCGUCACUUCUCUUCCGUUCUGGCGGGCGGCUUCAAAACAACAACGAAACACAAGCGAGGGUCCUUUAAGCUGCCAAGGUGCGCCGAAGAUGGUUUUAUUGCGUCGAAUACUUUAACUUCACCAUAUUCAUGUGCUUUGCUUUGUGAGGGGCGCGGCUAGCUAGCAAGCUAACCGUCGAUUAGCGGAGUUCAUUUGCCAACGCAGAAAUGGAGCGACCGUCGAGGAAGACAAAGACUGUCAAUUACUGCGAGUCCAGGGACUUUGACGACGACGAUGAUGAUUUUGCCAGCGUAAAGCCCCCACCCAGCAAAAAACCCAAGGAGGGACUCAAGCAACAGCAGCACAAGAAACCCUCAAGCCAGGAGUCCAACUCACGCUCACCGAGUCAGAGGCAGAAGGUGGACAGAAAACCUUUGGAUGAGAAGCUGCUGGCUCGGGAUCUGGAGGCUGCCAUCACGCUCUCCUUGCUCAAUAAUCCAGACGGGGUUCCCGCUGAAGUGGCUGAUGAGAACACAGACCCCGCCUCCCUGCCUCCUCGCCUCCAUCCCGUCCAGGAUGAAGAUGACGACUACCAGCCCAAGCUGACGCCAGAUUCGGAGAGCGACAACGCUUCCAGCGAGGCGGCCGAGAGCGAGGAUGAUGAGGAACUCGCAGUGAAGAAACCUAAAAAGAAGAAGACAAGCAACGAUGAGAAGACUCGGAAGCGUCCCGUCUCUGAAAAGGAACCGCCAAAGUUGAAACCGCAGCCAAGAACAGCAGCACCUUCCAGCCCCGCAAGGAGUCCCCCGACGCUUAAACUUGCCACUAAAAGGCCAACUUUGACAGCCUCUGUAUCUAAACCUGCAGUCUCAAUGAGCCCAACAGGGGGCAGAAUUCCCAAAUGGAACCCACCAGGUCAAAUUGGGAAAAGUCCGUCUUCAUCCCAAAGUCCCCCAAUGAGGUCUCCGGGUCAGGGUCUGCGCCUGGGACUCUCCCGGCUUGUGCGGGUCAAGCCUCUCCACCCCAGCAUCGCCACCACCUGACACCAGGAAUCAUUUAGCUUUUAACAGACGCUUGUAAAUAUUCAUUUGCGAUAUCUAGUUUUUAUUUCAAAGAUGCCACUAAAUGUCUUGUCCUAUACUGUGUACAGCGUGUGAAAAUAAAAUUAACCAA